GCCCCCCCUGGCCGAGGAAGGUGAGCGAGUGUCUGGAGGGGAGGACUCGGGAGCGCGGCCAGCCGAGGGAUCGAUCGGAUUAAACUCGAUUUGAGUGAAAUUAACACAAAGGAGAGAAGAGCAACGCACACUAGUCGGCGAGGUCGCGGAUGCGAGAUACGCCGGAGAAAUAUUUCCUGAAAAACAGAGAAACUUGAACUUUUUCCCCCUCUGUUUAUUUAUAUUUCGAACUGAAAAAGGACCACGGUGGAUUUUUUUUUUCCAAGCAAGCGGAGAUAGUACCGUACUAACGAGGAGUUGAUUUGAUAAAAGGCUGAAGUGACCGAGCUUGUUGGGAACCUUAAUGAGGACGAUGGAGUGGAACGCUUCAAAUUAGUGGUUAGCUCUUCACUUCACAGCACACCUCCCAUCUGUGGGCCCACCACCCAGCCAUGGCGGACCCAGGGAUGUUGAGCCUCUUUGGUGACGAUGCAGGGUUGUUCUCGGACGAAUUGGAUAGUUUGGGAGACUGCUUCCCCCAGCAGUCAGCGGCUGGCCCAGCCAACCCACUCGCCCCACCCACAAACCCAUCUCUGAACCACGAGCACCAGGGAACCAGGGCUUACCACCAAGGGAUGCUUCACGGCACUGGGACCGGACCGGGGCAGUCCAAACUGGGGCAGAUGUAUGAGCACAGCCCGUAUACAGGCUACGAUCAAGCGGGUGCCCCCGGAGGACGGAUGAUGGCCCAGAACGGUCCCAGCCAGGGCUCGCCGACUGUGAACACGGCCAUGAACGGCAUGACCUCCCACUACCACAACACCCCAGCUAACUCUAGCAACACUCACCACGGGUACCAGGGUGAUGCUGGGGCAGCAGGAGGAAGCGGGGGCGGAGUUUGGGGCCCACAGCAGCAGAGCAGAUCUGUGUAUCAGCAGGCUUCAGCACCAUCAGGGGCUGGUCCCAACCAGAUGGGAAGCUACCAAAUGUCUCAAGGCAACUACGCUGGCAUGCAAGGUCCUCCUACAUCCGGUGCAGCACGCAUGAAUCAACACUACCCUUCACAGAGCAUGGCCCCCGUUCCAGCUCAGGACCCAUCUCACUACUUAGGACAUGUUGGGAUGGGGGGGGUCCAGAUGAGACAGCCUCAGCCGCAGCCCCAGAACUAUCCCAACAUGGGCCACGCACCUCGAUACCCACACUCCCCUUCUAGACAACCUCCACACCAGCACCAACAGGGCAUGGCACCAUUCGGGGGUGCUCAGUACCCUGGCUAUCAGCCCCAAUAUGCUGCCAUGGGGCCUGGGAUGGGCCAGGGGGCUAAUGCUAACGUCAGCGCUAACACCAGCCAGGCCAUGGGAGCAGGGCAGCUGGGCCAGAGGUUCAACCAGGGAGUGAGCUCAGCACCGGGGCAACAGGGACAACGAUACCCCUCUGUUCCACCCCACCAGCCCCACUCUGCCUCAAUGCAGCAGCAGGCAGGGCAGCAAGGCCAGCCUAUGCAUCCCCUAAACCACCCCCCGAAUCUUCCCCAACCUCCAAACCAAUCCCAAUCCCACCUUACCGCCCCAGCUCAGGGAUCUUACCCCUCCCCGUCGUCUAUGUCCCCAAUGCGGGUUCUGGGAACCCCAACUCCUCCUCCCCAGCAAGGAAGACCCCCCAGCGCAGGACUAGCCGGGCCUCCGGAUGUCGCAGGAUACACAGCAAUGCAUUCUCCGCCCAGCGCUAUGGCCCAUGCACAGAGAACUCCCCAGACCUCCCUAUCUGCAGCACACCCACAACACCAGCAGCCCCACAACAUGCCUCCCAGUGCAGGGCAAAUUUAUCCUGGCAUGGGGCCUCAGCGUGGACCACAAAUCGGGCCGACUCGGCUCCAGCAACCACAAGGGCCUCACGAAGCCUCAGUCAGCCAGGGGGUGGACCAGCGCCUGCUCCAGGCCCAGCAGCAGGCCUCUCGAGGUGGGCAGCCCAUGCCGUCUGCUCCUUUGGGGUUCCAGGGUCCGCCUAUUGGUCAACACGGAGCCCCUGCCCCUAACCAGGGCUUAGCUCCACCUGCCCAGAACACUCAGACGCAGCACACGCAUCUGCCCCCACACCCCCACCACCUGCAAAGCACGCCCCCUCCUCCCAGCCAGGCCUCCCACCCAUGGGCACCUCAGCCAUCUGCCCCCCACCCACUCUCCUCACCCCCUCUUACCCCACAGAAAGUGCCUCACAUACAGCAUUCCCCCUCAGACCUGUCAGGUGAUGCCUCAAUGAUGGUUACCGACAGGCCGACGGUUGGUGCCGGAGCCCCCAGCCAGCCUAUCAGCACAGAGAAGCCUACUGAUCAGGAGACCAAGCCAAAAAAGAAGAAGAAAAAGAAAGCUAAAGCGGUGGAAGAAAAAGAAGAUGGAGGCAAGAAAGAAGCAAGAGAAGGAGGAGAUGAAGACAUAAAGUCUGAGUUUCCUGCAGCAGGAAGCAAUGCAAGUGAACAGCUUAUUGGCACAGGAGCUGUUGAAGGGAGUUUGCCCCCACCGGAGGAGAAGAAGAAGCGGAAAAAGAAACCAAAGGAGAAGACGGAGGGCAAGGAGCCCAAAGAGCCCAAGACCCCGAAGACCCCCAAAACACCUAAGACUCCCAAAGAGCCCAAGGAGCCCAAGGAGAAGAAAGCCAAGAGCACCACACCCAAGGCCAAGACUCCCAAGAAAACCAGCAGUAAAAAGGUGGAAUCAGAGGGCGGGGCCAGCGCUGCUAAGAAGGACGCCAAGAGGAAGAGAGAGCUGUCAGUCGGUGACGAUGUGGAGGUGAAGUCUCCACUGCCCUCUCCUCCUGAAGAGGAGGAUGAUGAUGGUGUGCAGAAGCGCCGUUCGAGUCGGCAGGUGAAGAGGAAGAGGUACACAGAGGACCUGGAGUUCAGGAUCUCUGAGGACGAUGACAGCGGAGACGAUUCACCAACACCAAAAUCUCCCUCAUCCUCCUCACAACAACAGGAUCUGACUGAGACUGAAGGGCCUGUUGUGGAGAAGAUCAUGGGUAUGCGCAGCGCCAAGAAGCAACUGGAGUCGGGCGAGGAAGUGGAGGUGGAGGAGUUCUACGUCAAGUUCAAGGGCUUUUCAUACCUGCACUGUCGCUGGUCGGAACUGGAGGAGCUGGAGAAGGACAAGAGAAUCCACCAGAAGAUAAAGAGGUUUAAAGCCAAGCAGCAACUCAACAACUUCAUCACUGAGAUGGACGAUGAGCCUUUUAACCCGGACUAUGUGGAGGUGGACCGAGUCCUGGAUGUUUCAGAGAGCACAGAUGAAAAUGGAGAGAUUGUCACCUUAUAUUUGGUGAAAUGGUGCAGUUUGCCUUAUGAAGACGCCACCUGGGAGCUAAAGGCGGACAUCGACCAAUCUAAGAUAGAUGAAUACGAACGCAUCGCAGCGCGCGAACCCAACACUAACCGAGUGGAUCGGCCUUCUGCAGCCGACUGGAAAAAGCUGGAGAGCUCAAGAGAAUACAGGAAUGGCAACGCACUCAGGGAAUACCAGCUCGAAGGCCUCAACUGGCUGACUUUCAACUGGUACAACUCACGUAACUGUAUCCUGGCAGACGAGAUGGGGCUUGGGAAGACCAUCCAGUCCAUUACAUUCCUCUAUGAGAUAUACAUAAAGAGCAUUGAGGGGCCAUUCCUGAUCAUCGCUCCUCUCUCCACCAUCCCUAAUUGGGAGAGAGAGUUCAGGACCUGGACGGAGCUCAAUGUGGUGGUCUACCAUGGCAGCCAGGCCAGCCGGAAAACCAUCCAGGCCUAUGAGAUGUACUACAGAGACGCACAGGGUAAGAUAAUAAAAGGUGUGUAUCGGUUCCAUGCUGUCAUCACAACGUUCGAGAUGAUCCUUGCCGACUGUCCGGAGCUGCGCAGCAUCCCGUGGCGCUGCGUGGUGAUCGACGAAGCCCACCGCCUCAAAAACCGAAACUGCAAGCUGCUGGAGGGGCUCAAAAUGAUGGAUAUGGAGCACAAAGUCCUGUUGACAGGAACUCCUCUUCAGAACACAGUGGAGGAGCUCUUCAGCUUACUCAACUUCCUGGAACCAGAGAGAUUCCCGUCUGAACAGACUUUCAUGACUGAAUUUGGAGACUUGAAGACUGAAGAACAGGUCCAAAAACUUCAAGGUAUUUUGAAGCCCAUGAUGCUUAGAAGACUGAAGGAGGAUGUGGAGAAGAACCUGGCCCCCAAAGAAGAAACCAUUAUAGAGGUGGAGUUGACCAACAUCCAGAAGAAAUACUAUCGGGCCAUUCUGGAGAAAAACUUCUCCUUCCUGUCCAAAGGAGGCGCAGGAGGAAGUGGAUCAGCUAGUGUGCCCAACCUCCUCAACACCAUGAUGGAGCUGAGGAAAUGCUGCAACCACCCCUACCUCAUAAAUGGAGCGGAGGAGAAGAUCAUCGAGGAGUUCAGGGAUUCCCACGGCGGCAGGAUUGAUGUGCCUGAAAUGGCCCUCCAAGCUAUGAUCCAGGCAGCUGGGAAGCUGGUGCUCAUCGACAAGCUGCUGCCCAAACUAAAAGCCGGAGGACACAGGGUGUUGAUUUUCAGUCAGAUGGUCCGCUGCCUGGACAUUCUGGAGGACUACCUCAUCCAGAGACGCUAUCCAUAUGAACGGAUAGACGGCCGCGUUCGGGGGAACCUGCGACAGGCGGCCAUCGACAGGUUUUCCAGACCAGAUUCGGACCGAUUUGUCUUCCUUCUCUGUACCAGAGCUGGUGGGCUUGGCAUCAACUUAACCGCAGCGGAUACAUGCAUCAUCUUCGACUCUGACUGGAACCCUCAGAAUGACCUUCAGGCUCAGGCGAGAUGUCAUCGUAUCGGCCAGUCCAAGUCGGUGAAGAUCUACCGCCUGAUCACCAGGAACAGCUACGAGCGGGAGAUGUUUGACAAGGCCAGUCUGAAGCUCGGGCUCGACAAGGCCGUCCUCCAGAGCAUGAGUGGCCGAGAGAACGCCAACAGCGGGGUUCAGCAGUUGUCUAAGAAAGAGAUUGAAGACCUACUGAGAAAAGGCGCUUAUGGCGCUUUGAUGGACGAAGAAGACGAAGGCUCGAAAUUCUGCGAGGAAGACAUCGACCAGAUCCUCCAGAGACGAACCCACACCAUCACUAUCGAGUCGGAGGGGAAAGGCUCCACGUUUGCUAAGGCCAGUUUCGUUGCAACAGGAAACCGAACAGACAUUUCUCUGGAGGAUCCAGACUUCUGGCAGAAAUGGGCCAAGAAAGCAGAGCUGGACAUGGACUCCAUCAACGGCCGGAACACUCUGGUGAUCGACACGCCCAGGGUGAGGAAGCAGACGCGGCACUACAGCAGCGUGAAAGAGGACGAAAUGCUCGAGUUCUCUGAGCUGGAGAGCGACGACGACGAGCCCAGCAAGCCGUCUUCCAAACAACGACGGCCUCAAGACAAAACCCAGGGAUACCCCCGGUCCGAGUGCUUCAGGGUGGAGAAGAACCUGCUCGUCUACGGUUGGGGUAGGUGGAGUGACAUCCUCGCUCACGGCCGCUUCAAGCGUCCCCUGAAGGAGGCGGACGUGGAGACGAUCUGCAGGGCUCUCCUGGCCUACUGUCUGCUGCAUUACCGUGGCGACGAGAACAUCAAGAGCUUCAUCUGGGACCUGAUCACUCCAAGUGAAGAUGGCUCCACCAGGACGCUGACGAAUCACUCUGGUCUCUCUACCCCCGUUCCCAGGGGCAGGAAGGGGAAGAAGGGCAAGAUGACUACUCCUCCUCCUCAGACGCCACGAGCUGAUUGGCUGGCCACCUGCAACCCUGACCAUUUACUGCAGGAGGACAGCUACAAGAGGCACUUGAAACAUCACUGUAACAAGGUUCUGCUGAGAGUCCGGAUGUUGUAUUAUCUGCGACAGGAAGUCAUCGGUGACCAAGCUGAGCGCAUUCUGGAAGGAGCCGACUCCAGCGUGUUGGAUAUCUGGAUCCCUCAGCCGUUCCACGCUGAGGUCCCAGCUGACUGGUGGGACACGGAGGCUGACAAGUCCCUGCUCAUCGGCGUCUUCAAACACGGCUAUGAGAAGUACAACUCCAUGCGUGCCGACCCUGCCCUGUGCUUCUUGGAGCGAGUGGGCAUGCCAGACGCCAAAGCGAUCGCCGCUGAACAGAGGGGCUCUGACAUGAUGGCAGAUGGCAUUGAGGGUGAGGAUGAGGAUCCAGAGUAUAAACCGAUACGUAUGCCAUUUAAAGAUGACCUGGACGAUUUCACCAACUCUCCCCUGGAUGACAAAGAUGAUGCAGUUGAAGGCGAGACUGAAGUUAAAUCAGGUGAGAAUGGCCAAAACGUACCGUCUGUGGGCGGAGCUUCUGGCUCCAGCGAGCGACUGUAUUGGCCAGCGGCCUCGGCCCUGACGGCCAGGCUUCGCCGUCUGAUCACGGCCUACCAGCGCUCCAACCGCAGAGAGCAGCUCCGUCAGGAGGCACUCAACAGACCCGACGGUCGCCGACGACGACGCAGGGAGUUCCUGCCUUCCAUCCCCAUGGUUCCUGAAACGGGAGGCGCUACCACGUACAUCCAGGAUGGCACGGGGGUGUUCAUGACAGACGGAAGCCCAUAUUUGGCUAAAGGAAGCGCUUAUUUUGCCAAAGGUAGUCAGUUUCUGCCAGAGGCUUCGCCAGUGAUGACGGCCAACUCCCUGAUGUCUGAUGGAUCCCUGUAUUAUAGAGAGAGGAGACAAAGGUGGACGCGUCGUGAGGAGGCAGACUUCUACCGUGUUGUGUCCACCUUUGGAGUCGUGUUUGAUACGCAACGUCAAAAGUUUGAUUGGACCCAGUUCAGAGCGUUUGCCCGGCUGGACAAAAAAACAGAUGAGAGUUUGGAGAAAUAUUACUACUCAUUCAUUGCCAUGUGCAAACGGGUAUGCAGGAUGCAGGUCAAGACCGAGACAGAACUUCCAGACCCGACCCUGAUCAUUGACCCAAUCACCGAGGAGCGCGCCUCUCGCACCCUGUACCGCAUCGAGCUGCUGCGCCGCAUCCGAGAGCAGGUCCUCCCUCACCCGCUGCUUUCUGAGCGCCUCAAGCUCUGCCAGCCAUCUCCCGACCUGCCCGAGUGGUGGGAGUGCGGGCGCCACGACCGUGACCUCCUCCUGGGGGCCUCGAAGCACGGCGUCAGCCGUACGGAUUAUCACAUCCUCAACGACCCCACCUUGGGCUUCCUGGAGGCCCACCAGCGCUUCACCAGUCAGCGAGGCGCCGUCGGCAUCGGCUCUCUUGGAGAACUCGGCAAAGUCGGGAUGGGGAUCGCAGAAGCGGCCUCUGCGCCACUUCUCACGACUGCAGAGCUGGAGAGUGCCGCAGCCGCUGCCGAAAUGGCCGUGGACGCAGCUGAAGAGGAGGAAGAAGGGAAGGCUGUAAAAAUGGAAGAAGAGAAAACAGAAGUGGAGGUAAAAAUGGAAACGGAGGAGGAAGAUUCCAGCAACAUUCCAUGUAUGAAGACUGAACCCCUUGAGCAAAAGAGAAACCAGGACAAUGCUGAUAAAGGGAAAGAAGAGGCAGCUGCUUCACUCAUGAAGGUCAAAGCUGAAGACGUUUUGCCAGAGGUUGAGAAAGACGAUGAUGAAGCGAAACCAGAAAGCCAGACGACAAAUGACCAAGAUCACGACAUGACAGAAGAAAAGAGCAGCACAAGCCCUGAAUAUUAUCUAAGCAACGAGAAAGACGUUGGCGCUGAGCUCCCAGAAUCCUCUGCUGAAGCACAACUUGGCCCCAAGACUGCAGAGGAGGAAGAUGGCGAGGAGAAGGAGACUUCUGAAUGUCUUAAAUCUCCAAAGUCUGCUGAAACUGAGAAAAGCCCUGAGGAAGAGGAGGAGGAGAGGCUGGAUGAAGAUGACAAAUCGGAGAAGUCCUCUCAGGCUGAAGCGAGCGCAGGGCAGAAGAACUUCGACGAGGAGAGCAUCGCUUCUCUGAGCACAUCCGUACGGGACGAGACCCGAGACGAGUUCUGUCCCGACGACCUGCAGGAAACGUCUGUGCUGCACACCCUGCAGGACCGCGCCUACGCCUUCUCUUUCUGGCCUAAGGACCGCGUGAUGAUCAACAGGCUGGAUAACAUCUGCGAGGCUGUCCUGAAGGGCAAGUGGCCCGUCAACAGACGGCACGUCUUCGACUUCCCUGGCAACCUCUUGCCCGGUCACGGCUCCGCGGCAACCGCAGCCGCCGUAGCCAUGGUGAGCGAGAGCCCGCUGCAGAGACGGAGCCUUGCCGAGCUGACGAUGGCCGGCAUCCACACGCCGUACAGCGGGAGCGAAGACAAAACGCUGUCUCCGCAGGUUCAUGACGACGCUCUGAGCCUGACGGUGCCUCGACAGAGGAGGAGGAGAAGGAAAAAGAUUGAGAUCGAGGCAGAGAGAGCGGCGAAGAGGCGGAACCUGAUGGAGAUGGUGGCUCAGCUGAGGGAAAGCCACGCCGCCGCAGAGUCUCAGAACCAGGCCAUUGACCUCACUAAGGGCGUGCACCACCACUACAAAGCUUCUCCGUCAUUGGCCGGCUUCCCCAGUGCCUUGAUGACGAACCCUUCCCUCAAGGCCCAGAUGGAUUUGCUUCAGCAAGUCCCACCUUCCGGGCACAGAGCCAACGGUUCGUUGGACGCCGACCUGCCCAUCACGAAGAGGAGGCGGGGCCGCAGGAAAAAUGUGGAGGGCCUGGAGCUGCUGUUCAUGGGCAACAAGAGAGCAGCCGGGGAUGAUUCCGAUGGGACAAAGAUUUCAGGAGUGGAGGCGGUCCAGGAAGCGCCCCAGUCCCACAGACCGAUCAGCGUCCCGGAGCAGAGCCCCAACGCCCGCUCUCUGGCCUCAGGCAGCCUGGAGGAGGAGGAGACGCCCGUCUCCAGCAAAGACCUAGGAGAGUGGCUGAGACAGCAUCCCACAUACACCAUGGACAUGACUGGAUUCACACCAAAGAGCGAGGAGUUGCUGUUAUCUCAGUUCUCCAAGCCCAAGCAGAAGCGCCAUCGCUGUCGAAACCCCAACAAGAUCGACAUAAACACGCUGACCGGAGACGAGAGAGUCCCCGUGGUCAACAGACGGAAUGGACGCAAGAUGGGUGGGGCCAUGGCUCCACCAAUGAAGGAGCUCCCCAGGUGGUUAUUGGAGAACCCCGAGUUCUCCAUCGCUCCUGAUUGGACAGACAUCGUCAAACAGUCGGGUUUCCUCCCGGAAGCCAUGUUUGACCGCCUUUUGACCGGCCCUGUUGUCAGAGAGGAAGGCGUUCGUCGUCGAGGGCGGCGACCCAAAUCGGAGAUAGUGAAGGCGGCCGCCGCCGCUCAGGCCGCAGCGGCAGCGCAGGCUGCACAGGCGUCGCUGGCGUCAGCCGCUUCCUCUGCAGGGGGAAUCAACCCGCUGCUGCUCAGCAGCCUGUUUGGAGGGAUGGACCUGUCGUCUCUCCAGAGCCUUCAGUCGCUCCAGUUGGCUGCUGGUCUGAUGGCCUUCCCGCCACCUGCUGACCCCAAACAGUCUGCCGCCAACGCUGCCGCCGCCUCCAUGCUGCCCCUCAUGAUCCCCAGCAUGGGAGGGCUGCCCAAUAUGGCCGCCGCCAUUCCCAACAUGUUCAGCCUUGGAGGAAUAUUUGGAGGUAACCUGGCGGCCGCCGCCGCUGCCACCGCCGCUUCCGGAAACACCAACGGGACGCUGGAGGGAGACGGAGGCAACGGGGAGGAGACGGCAAAGAGGGAGAAGGAGGCGAGAGAAGACGGAGACGAGAUGGGAGAGGAAGAUGAUGAAGAAGAGGAGGCGGCGGAGGGAGAGGAGGGUGGUGUGAAAAAGACCAAGAAGAGGAAGAUGGAGGAAGAGGUUGAAAAAAAGGAGAAACCUGUCGGCGAUGCGUCCGGUGCUCCUAAGAUGGCAGCUGCCGAGGCUCCAGCAGAGGUUUCCAUCAACGGGGACACAGCCGCCCUGCUGGCCGCCGCCGGUAUGUCGGCCAACUCCCUGGCGUUCAACCCUUUCCUGCUGUCCACCAUGGCGCCCAGCCUCCUCUACCCCUCCAUGUUCCUCCCGCCGGGCCUGGCCGGCCUCAGCCUGCCCGGCUUCCCCACCGCCUCCCUCGCCGAGCUGCAGAGCGCCAUGGCCGGGGCGCUGGGCGACAGCGCCUCCACCCCGAACCCGCCGAGAGACGCCGAGGGGGAGAAGAGGGACGACGGGAAGGCUGUGGACGACGAGGAGGAAGAGGAAGAGGAGGAGGGAGAGGAGACGGACUCGGCGGAGCAGAAAGAGGAAGGAGCGACGGGCGGAGGAAUGCCGGAGGAGUCGGCGGCGUCUCCCCAGAACGGAACGAGUGACUGAAGCGGGAAAACGUAAAAAAAAAACAAAAAAAAAAACUGACUGGCCUUGAACACUUCCUCCCUCUGUUGCACGUUUUCACGCCUCCAACAGAAAUAUCCAAACUAUUACAAACUUUUUGUUUUUCCUUUGAGCUUUUGUUGACGUUUUCUAUUUCACGUUUUUGUCGUUUAACCAGGUGUAUUUACUAUGCGUCAGAGAGGACGAGAUGUGUUUGUAUUAAGUUAAAUCUCUCUGAUCGAUAGUGUAGUCAGGGAAAAAUCCUCAGCCGAGCUCGGCUCUCCUUCAAAGACUGUUUCCUUCUCUCCGGUCGGUGCGCGCCGUCAACUCUGCACCCACCUCUUGUUUGUUUUGUUUUUUUUGGUUUGUUUUGUUUUUCUUUUUUCCACAAAAUAGGACUUCACAUGUUUCCAAUAGUACUAUUAUUCUAAUUAAUAUUAUUGUUGCUGCUUUCAGCUCUCGAGUCAUUUAUGCCUCUCUCUCCUUUUGUCUGGACCGAUAUGUUGUUGCCGGCAGCGUCUCAUCCAAACCAGAAGAAGAAGCUCCUGCUGCUUCUUCUGACGUCAGUUCUCAAAAAAAAAAAAAGAAAGAAAAACAGCAUUACAGCUCAUCCUGCUGUCUGUCUGAUAAAGCUGCUGCAAAAUGAAUCGAUAGAGAUGCUCUGUUUUAGAGCAGAUGUUGUUUUAAGUUCUCACAUAUCAGACCAGUAAGACACUGAUGAGGAAAUCAAACCAGACUCUCUCCGUCUCUCGACCAUCCAGGCGUAUACUUGAUGAAGAGCAGCACACACUUUCAGGAGGCUACCACUACACACUAACCCCUCGUAGGUCAUAUGACUGUUUCUCCUGUUGUUUUUUUUUCCCCCUUUUUCCUCGUUUUGACUGUUUGUCUGCACGCUGAAUCGAUACUGUUAAACCCAGUCCCACACUGAAAACCAGUCUGGAGUCUUUCCUACUGCCACAUCCGAUUGGUGUCUCUCUCCUUUUGGAGGCGGCUGCUUUUUUUUUUUUUUUUUUGGUUCUGUUUUGUUUUGUCUUUUCCGGGGUUGCCGGGCGGGCUGGGUCCUGCCGCCGGUCAGGCCUUCUGAUUGGUCCGCUUCAUGCUGCCAAAACCCAGCCACCACCACCACCCCUGUUCACAAGAGGGGCCUUCGUGAAUGAAUUUGGAGCGGCGGUCCAAGCAGGGACGCAACGUUUCAGGUCGAUUCGUUAAAGAGGUCGUUGCGUUAUUUCCCGGUCGCUGCCCCGUCGAAAUGUAGUUUUAAUCUUCCUCCACAUCCCGGUAGUUCCAGACCAAGUGCUGCUCCCCUGUGGCGAUCUCCUUCUUUAAAGACUGUUUGCUUUAGUCACACACACUGACACCAGGCCUGGCCACAAACAGGACUGAGACAGGACUUUUCAAAGUUUCUACAUGUAGUUCAACUCUGCUCGCUAAGUUAAGUUUAUAAGUACUUGAAAGCACGAGUGGUGCUUAAUUUAUUUCCCCCCUCCUCCAACAACCCUCAAAGGCCAGUUCUAGUGUCUGAGAAGAAUAAAGUGCUGCAAGUGAUUCCAAUAUUUAAAAGUACAUUUUAAAAACGACAAGCUCUGCGGCCAGGGAGAGAAGUGAGUCGGAGGUCUUCGUCCCGCUGCCCCCCCCCCCCUCCACCUACACCACCACCCCCCUCCGUCACAAAGAUCCUCGUUCUCCUCUCUAACGCUGAGACAGCAAUAACCGAGGCAGCUUUUGAAUGUUCCAACAUCACUCUCCCAACACGCUCACCCUAUGAAUAACCACAAGUGUCGUAUGAGUAGAGAAGCAAACUGUAAAUGAGGACAAAAUAAGUACUGCAAUCAAUUUUUUUGUCUCACUCUUUUCCUGUUGAUGCACUGGUGUUAAAGAGUAAAGUUAAUCAGGUACCUUUAUUACUUAGCUACUUUUCUUGAAAACAAAGGACAUUUUGUUACUUUUAGCCAGCAAGCUGAAGAGCAUUACCUCAAAAUUCUUAUCUAGCCUUGAAGUUUACAGACAUACCAUGUAAAUGUUUUUGUUUUUUUUUCCUUUUUUCUUUUUUGGUUUGUGUAAUUUUUUUCUUUUUUGUUUUGUUUUUUUGAGACAUCAUGUAUGAUGACUUGUAGCUAUGAUGCUUUUAAUAAAAGUGAAUCAUGAUAUUCGCCUAGGAAACCAA